AUACGUAUGUAUAUGCAUUCUUGUAAGUGCGUGGAUACGAAACAUCUGAAGUUGAGAUAUAAUAGAGUGAAUGUAUCUUCUAAAGAACUACUGAAGCAUAAGAGAAAAAUAAGAAAAUAACAAACAAAUAAGAACAACAGUACUAACUCGUCAUCCAGUCUGCAUACAAAACAUAAUCAGCCAGCAAUUUAAAAAAAAUAUAAUCGGCAGGUCGGACGUAUAAUAAACUGUAAGCGUAUAAAAUAUAUUAUAUAUGGACAUAUAUAGUAUAUUUAUGUAAGAUAUAUGCAGCGACGUCAAACAUAACAAGAAAGCAUUUUAAAAAUAAGUGUUUAAAAACAAAGAGAAAUAAAUCCAAAAUACAAAAAUUUAAGCCUGGAAGAUUAAAAUGUGGAAAUUACGUGAAAUAACCGACAAAGUCACCAAUGUGGUGAUGAACUAUUCUGAUGUCGAGGCUAAAGUACGAGAAGCCACAAAUGAUGAUGCUUGGGGUCCACAUGGCUCGCUAAUGGGUGAAAUUGCACAGUACACAUUUACAUACGAACAUUUCCCGGAAGUAAUGGGCAUGCUUUGGAAACGAAUGUUGCAUGAUAACAAGAAGAACUGGCGACGAGUAUAUAAGUCUCUGCUGUUGCUAUCCUACCUAGUGAAGAAUGGUUCAGAAAGAGUGGUCACCAGUUCACGGGAACACUUGUAUGAUUUACGCAGCCUUGAAAACUAUACCUAUACAGAUGAAAAUGGGAAAGAUCAGGGACUGAAUGUACGGCAAAAAGGUAAAGAAUUGAUUGAUUUCAUCCAGGAUGAUGAGAGGCUAAGAGAUGAACGGAAGAAAGCUAAAAAAACAAAAGACAAGUACAUUGGAAUGGCCAGUGACAGCCAUGGUAUCAGAUAUAAAGGAGACCGUUAUGAUGAAGACUACCGCUCGACACCAUCUGCAACGUCAUCACACAUUGGCAGGUUAGACGAUAUUGAUGAUUGGAAUAGAGGCAAGAAGUCAGUUGCAAGUGAAGCAAUAGAUAAAGUAAAGGAUCUCUGGCACCGUGCACAUGGCAAGAAAAAUAUAGAUGAUGUUAUAGACUAUAGUGAUGAUAAUGAAAAUCGAUAUGAAGAUAAAGAAAAAGCAUCUCGUGACCGUAAGGAGUUUGAGUUUAAAGAUGAGGAUGAAGAGUAUACUUCUGUGGAACGCACUCAAACAACACACACUGAGAAAAUUACCACCAAUAUCCGUACCACUCGAUCUAACAAGAAAUUAGACCUUGGUGCAGCUGCAAACUAUGGUAAAGAGUCUAAUCAGGUGCCUGAGAGCAGUGGAAACUACAAUCUAAUUGACACAGUAGUCCCUUCUGCAUCUUCUCCAGGAGAUAUAUUUACCGACUUUAGUGAUUUUAAAUCAUCGACUUCUCAAAAUGGAGUCACGACCGAUAUAGCUUCUAGUAAUUCUAAUGGUGAUUUUGGUGAGUUUUCUGCUUUUCAAGGAGUUUCAGCCACCAGUGUAACAUCAUCUUCACAAAGUAACUUUGCUGACUUUUCCAAGAUGAACACUGCUGCUUCUCAAAAUUCUUCUUCAGUCCAACCAGUUGCUGCAAGCACCACACCAUCUGCUGAUUUAUAUGAUGUAUUUACUGCCCCAGUUUCUAAUCCUGCCAGUGGAGGCAACAUACCUCCAAUGCAAGCUCCCAACCUUGCUUCCCCAAUGAAUCCUUCUGGGACAUUAACAUCACAGAUAACCACUGGUUCAGCCAUCAGCAUGCAGACUUUGAGUGGGAUGAGUUUAGGAACCGGUACCGUUCCAAUGCAAGGAAUUGGUAUGAUGCCAUCGACUAUGAUGUUCCAAGCCAACAUGAUGUCUCCCCAGUCGACGACAAUGAUGUCCCCACCGGCCAUGAUGUCCCCACCAACUAUGAUGUCCGGUACAGGUACCCCAUUUUCCACCCCUACAGGUGCUGUCAAUCCUAUUCCUGCUAUGGCCAUCCCUAUGUCAAUACCACAGACCUCUUCAAACAACAACACCUGGACAGAUUCCAGUGGACUUAACAUCAGCUUAGAGUCCUUGAACCCAAAUGCUCGUUUUCAGAAAUCAACAGCUCCAUCUAUGAACCAACUGCAACAACAAGGGCUUAUGGCAAAAGGCGUAGUUAUUUGGUACCCUGACUCUGCAACAGCAGCAGCAGCGGCAGCAGCAGCAGCAUCGUCUACAACUUACCCCAAUGCAACAGUGUCAGGAACACCUGGCAGUCAGUUCAUGGGAACUACUCCAUCUGGAAUGAAUGCUGCACCUCCAGGUCUUAACCAAAGAAUGGGCUCCCUUAAUUUGGGAGGUUCACCAGUAAUUCAACCACAGACUACUGGAAACUUAGUAGGAACCCCACCCGGCAUGAUAGGAGUAAGUGGUGGGGGCAAUUCCAACAUGCCAGCUACUGCAGGCUUACCAACCAAUCUGAUGAAUUCGCCGACAUCAUUCCAGCAACGGACCAACCAGGCCUUCAGUGAUUUUGGAAAUGUGAUGAAAUAAUUAAAGCUGAUUGAGACAGCACUAGGACACCGACUGUGGAAAGGGAUCGACAUGUUUGGAGGGAGAGCAUCUCUCCACUCCUUACUAUAUUAAAACAUUGGUAUCACAUCUGAAUGUAUGUGUGCGUGUAUGUAUGUAUAUGUAUAUAUAUAUGUAUAUACAUAUAUGUAUGUAUGUACUGUAUGAAGUGUUUGAUUACACUUUAUUCCAGUGUGGAAUUUACAACUAGAAUGGACAAAAUCUAUUUCGGAUUUUGAGAUUUUUUUUUUUUUAUACACAUCAAAUGCAAACAUGAUGAAAAGUAUUUAAUAAUAAUAAUUAAAAUAAUAAUAAUGAUAUGAAAAUUGAUACGCUCUCUCUCUUUCUCUCUCUCCCCACUUUCCCUACUCUUUGUCUCUUCUUCCUCCUUUUCUUUCUACAUCUCUCCUCUCUUUUUGUUUCUGUUCAUUUUCUCCAUAUUAUUAUACAUUCCUCGUGUUAAGUGUAC